GUUAUGUUCCGCUGGACGUUGCGUUGCGUAGGUCUGGAAUCCGACCCGAAAAUCUAGUGUAACUUGAUUUGAUAAUGAGUAUAUAAUUUCUCUAGUCUAGAGGCAAGCACAGAGUAGAUGCACAUCAGUUUAGUGACUUAACUUGUAGCCUCUCCAGCGUUGUUAAGUUUGUUUUCCCUCAAUUGAUAAUCAGAAAACUUUGUCGGAUAGCCUAUAAAUUAUGUCUAAAGUUCUUGCGGGAAUUAUACCAGACGAGGCAGUCUUCGCAGACUUUAGAAGACAAGCCUUGUCAAUGGACAAUUGGUGUAGCAAAUAUGACAAGAACGGAAUGGAGGUCUGGGUUGAGGUUCCCUCUACAACAUCCUCCCAAAGAAACGGCCCCAAAGUCCAUAAGAUAAAGUGCAGAAUGAGCAUCACGGAUGUGUCCGCUGCCACCAUGUAUGACGUUAUUCACGACGGCCAGUAUCGCAAGUCUUGGGACCCGGCCAUGUUGGAGAGCUUUGACAUUGCCCGUCUCUCCCCGAACGCGGAGGUGGGCUACUACUCAUGGCUGUGUCCGAAGCCGCUGAAGAACCGAGACGUUGUGACGCUGCGUUCGUGGCAGGUGGCGGGUGACGAGUACAUGAUAGUUAACUACUCCGUCAAACAUCCGAAAUAUCCCCCCAAAAAGGACCUUGUGAGAGCCAUCUCCGUCCUCACGGGCUACCUGGUAAAGGCCACAGGACCCAAUAGCUGCUCCUUCACUUACCUCUCACAGGCUGAUCCCAAAGGUUCUCUUCCAAAGUGGGUGGUGAACAAAGCGUCCCAGGUUUUGGCACCCAGGGUUCUGAGAUGUGUGCACAAGGCGGGCCAGAGCUACCCGGACUGGAAGGCGAAGAACUCUCCGGAGAGGAAGCCCUGGUUGUACCCCGAGCAGAGCACCCUGCCCACGAUGGACCCGGCCGAGCUAACGCUCCAGCGGGGAGACUCUCUGGAGAACGUCGACGAGAGUUCCAAGCUGGACGUUCAGGAGAGUGAAAAAGCCGAGGACAGCAGCUGAUCACAUUGGUCGGAAGGGAUGAAGUUUAGCCAAGAGAGGACAUAUGGAUAGACUUAAAGACUCAACAUCCUCAACCUCUCCCUGGCACAUGUACCCAGUUGUUUAAGCUUUACAAUCAACCCCCGAUAUAUUGUAUUUAUCCCGUUACUAAAAUACAGCUCGUUCAUCUACAGAUGAUGAGAAAGUGAACUGUUUACAACUUUGGCCUCAUGGAGCUGAAUAACAUCAACGAAUGAAGAGUAGUGAUUCUGUUUGGUCCGAUCCCCUUGAACUGAUCUUUCAACCACUGCCAGUGCCAGACAGUUCACUAGCAGCAGUGUUAUCUACAGGAGUUGCUUUCUGAUUGUUACAUACAGCUACUUAGUAACAGAAUUAUCAGCUCUUUUUAUUUUAACAGCCGUGCCUCAUUGUCUUUGAUAAAAUGUUAUAUGAGGCUUAGAAUGAUUCAGAACAAAGAUAUAGAAUAUCCAGGCUGCUUCACUCUCUGGGUGUAAUUUACAGAGAAUAGAGAUGUAUUUUCUAUUUUUGUAGUGAAAUGUUAUGGAACACUUUUCAGUGGUUUCUAAGUGGUGACAUCAGUGGUAACCAAGAGUUUGAUUGGCAGCCUCCCUUACCCAUGUGGAUAGACAGAGUGCCCUGUCAUUAUCUAGAUUCUCAUUUUGAAAUUGGUAUUUGUUUAAAGCUUGUGCAAUACGGGAGGGAGGAAAUUGAAUGAAUUCUAUUGCUGGUUAAGCAAGUCUUGGUGUUGCUGUAGACACUGAAUAUAGGGAAAAUGAAAAACAUUUAAGAAAUAUCACACGUGGCAUUUUAACAUGUGCUGAGUAAGUUGUUCACAAAGGGAACUGUAUGAUUUGUGUUAUUACCUGAAGGAUUAGAAUUGAAUCGCUAUGUAGCCUAGCAGCAGAACAUCUGACCAGUCACCACAUGGUUGCUCGAUUGAAUCCCUAACUUGGCAAGAUGAAACAUAGGUCUGUCCCUGAGCUGGUCAGUUUGCCCUGACAAGCCCACAGUCCACCACAAGAAGCCAAACUUCAUUUGGAAACUGAAACAUCAUCCUUUUGCAUUACUGUCUUGACAGCCUGCAGGGUUCCUGAAAUUAGCCUCGCAAACGGAGUUCUUGAACUUGAAGUAAUUAUUUUAAUAAACCUCAGAUAUGUUGCA